AUGUUUGGCACAAAGACCCUGAGCUCCCUCAAGGACUUCUUCCCGCAGAUUCAUCAGCCUCUACCUUUGAGCCGACGCGAAUCCCAGCUACUGCUGAAGACCCUGACCACCUCAUUCCGGAAUAAUCUCGACAGGGAGCAUGGCUACUGGAACGAGAAUACGCCUGUCGCCUCUCUAAAGGCCGCGAAAAGCGCAUCGGCACCAACUCCGGUUAAAACGACCGCCCAUCACGAGCCUCACCACCGACCAAUCGAUCGUCACGUCCGUGCCAUCCUCUCGAAUCCGUUGUUCAGCUAUGACCGUGCCGCUCACAAUACCCGCCCCGCCGCCCCCGAGCGAGAUCCCAUGGACGUCUUUGACGAAGCCGUCGCAAAGGGUCUGAUGAAUCCUCAACGGGCUGCAGGCGUGCUGAAGGCGAAGCGGCACUCCAUUACACAGUCCUCUACCAUCUCGGUAAACGAGACCGUGGCAAGCUCAGGCACAGCUUUGCGUGUGAUCCAGUGGCUCCGCUCUCACGGCCAUGAGCGUGAUCUUUCUUUCGUCAGCUGUACUCCUUUGAUCCUCUACUUGACGCAGUUCAUGGUCGAGGAGGGUCUGGAGGAGAUUGCCUGGGUCUGGCUGGGGAGGCUGAUGAAUGGUGAGGGGCCCGACCCGCCGCUGGACUCGCCUUCACCCGCCGCAUAUAUUCUCGACAGUCUGGUACGGGCCAAAGCGCUCUUUGGCAAGAGCCUGGAUGGAGGGUACGCCUGUAUGGUUCGCGCCCGUCAGAUGUUCAACAGCAAGCCCACCUUUGAUUCUGACGCAAUUUCCGCGUGGCGGGCGCUAUCGUGGUGGUCGACAGUCUCCGCCUGGCAACGUUCCCAGCCAUCAGAGGCAUUGUUUGAUGCAUUCGCUGCCUUGGGCAGACAGCUGGAAAGAUCCAAGACGACUUUCCUCGUUGACCGAGCCCACCUAGACCUGCACCACCCAACCCACCCAGACGCGAAACUCUCAAUGGAAUACUUUGAGUCGUCUUCUCUCCAGAGUCUUCUGGAUCAAGAAAAGCAAGAAGAUAUACACGCUUUCCAGACUUGCAGCUUCACGAGGAGGUAUAAUACCAUCGUCAAGCGAGUGGCCCUGAUGGGUAUAGACACUGUCAACCACCUAUCUCGCGUCGGCCGUGAGAAAGAGGCAGAUUCGAUCGGAAACUUGCUCACGGACAGGUUCGGCCUCACCUUGGUUGCAGCCUUCAAGCCCAGCCUGCUUGGAGCCGACUUGCGGGAAUCCGAGCACUCUUUGCCCACCGGUUGA